AAAAAGAAAUAACUUCACCUUUUAUUCUGGAAAGGAAGGUUAGACAAAUAAAUGUACAGUAGAUACUAAUAAAAAAUAAAAGAGAGAAUAAUUCUUUGCUUGAGCUUGCUGGACUGUUAGGAGCUUUGAGGUUGAGUUUCCCUUUGCGUUUUUGGUUCUGUUCUGUGUCCUUGACCAUACACGUUUAUAUGGAGUUUGGCGUACCCAAAUAUAGAGUUCAGGUAAUCUGGAAAUGGUGCUUGAAGUAAUGCUGGCCUGAGCUUCAGAACAAGAGCCAAUCUAAUAGUUGCAAUUUGCAAAGCUUUAUUAGAUAUGGAGAACCUCUUGACUCCUAGGCCUGAUCAUAUUCUCAUGAGAAGAACGCUGCUUUUAGUGAUUUUUUGUAUGUGGGUUCCAAUGGGUGUGAUGGGUAUCUCUGGGAGUGCCAAUGUUUCUUCUUCAAAUCAGAGUGUCGUGAAUAUUGGAGCUCUGUUUACUUUUGAUUCGGUUAUUGGAAGGUCAGCAAAACCAGGAAUUCUAGCUGCAAUUGAUGAUGUCAAUUCUGAUUCGAGUGUUCUUCCAGGAACAAAAUUGAACCUCAUAAAACACGACACUAAUUGCAGCGGAUUUCUUGGAACUGUGGAAGCUUUGCAGCUGAUGGAUGAUGAUGUAGUUGUCGCAAUCGGCCCACAAUCAUCUGGCAUAGCUCAUGUCAUCUCCCACGUUGUUAAUGAACUCCAUGUGCCACUUCUGUCAUUUGGAGCAACAGACCCAACUCUUGCUGCACUGCAAUACCCAUAUUUUGUCCGCACUACACAUAGUGAUUAUUUCCAAAUGUAUGCAAUAGCUGAUUUGGUUGAAUAUUGUAAUUGGAGGGAGGUGAUUGCCAUCUUUGUAGACGAUGAUUAUGGCAGAGGUGGAAUUUCUGUAUUGGGUGAUGCCCUGGCAAAGAAACGUGCCAAGAUCUCUUACAAAGCCGCCUUUCCUCCUCACGCCCCUGACAGUAAAAUCAAUGACUUGCUGGUUGGAGUAAACCUCAUGGAAUCUCGGGUGUAUGUCGUGCAUGUAAAUCCUGACUCUGGUUUGAAAAUUUUCUCUAUUGCUAAGUCUCUUGGGAUGAUGGCCGGUGGGUAUGUUUGGAUUGCAACAGAUUGGCUUCCUUCCUUCCUAGAUUCAUCAAAAACAGCUGACCCUGACAUAAUGAAUCUCUUACAAGGGGUCAUUGCACUUCGCCAUCACACCCCAGAUACUGAUCUCAAAAAGAAUUUUAAUUCUAGGUGGAACAGCCUAAAACACAAUGAGAGUGUAAGCUUCAAUUCAUAUGCGCUCUAUGCAUAUGAUUCUGUUUGGUUAGCAGCCCGUGCACUUGAUGUUUUUUUGAAAGAAGGUGGAAAUAUAUCUUUCUCUGAUGACCCAAGGCUGCGAGAAACAAAUGGAAGCAACCUGCGGUUAACAUCACUCCGUAUUUUUGAUGGAGGCCAACAAUAUCUCCAGACAAUUCUAAGGAUGAACUUUGCAGGUGUAAGCGGUCAGAUUCAAUUUGAUUCAGAUAAAAAUUUACUUCAUCCAGCAUAUGAUAUUCUGAACAUUGGUGGGACUGGGUCUCGUAGGGUUGGCUAUUGGUCAAAUUAUUCUCAGCUCUCAAUCAUUUCUCCAGAGCUCUUAUAUACUAAGCCUCCUAAUACUUCAUCCAGUAAUCAACGUCUUUACAGUGUAAUAUGGCCUGGUGAAACUAUAACAAAACCUCGGGGAUGGGUAUUCCCAAACAAUGGUAAGCCACUGCAAAUAGCAGUGCCAAACCGAGCAGAGUACAAAGAAUUUAUGGCUAAAGACAAGGACCCUCCGGGGGUAAAAGGUUACUGUAUCGAUGUCUUUGAAGCUGCCAUAGCCUUGUUGCCUUAUCCUGUUCCCCAUACAUAUAUCUUAUAUGGAGAUGGUAAAAGAAAUCCUUCUUACAACAAUCUUGUGAAUGCGGUUGCAGAAAAUAAGUAUGAUGCAGCUGUUGGGGACAUUACAAUUGUUACAAAUAGGACAAGGAUUGUGGAUUUCACACAGCCUUACAUGGAAUCAGGACUUGUUGUUGUUGCUCCUGUCAAACAGCAAAAGUCAAGUCCUUGGGCUUUCCUCAAGCCAUUUACCAUUGAAAUGUGGUGCGUCACUGGCGCCUUCUUUCUUUUAGUUGGAGCUGUUGUUUGGAUUCUUGAGCACCGGAUUAAUCAGGAGUUCCGUGGUCCACCGAGCCAACAACUUAUGACAAUUUUUUGGUUUAGUUUCUCAACAAUGUUUUUCUCGCAUAGAGAAAACACUGUGGGCACUCUUGGACGGUUGGUACUGAUCGUAUGGCUAUUUGUAGUGCUAAUUAUAAAUUCAAGCUACACGGCUAGUUUGACGUCAAUCCUCACAGUGCAGCAGUUAACGUCACGGAUUGAAGGAAUUGACACCUUGAUAGCAAGUACUGAGCCAAUUGGGAUUCAAGACGGGUCAUUUGCAUGGAAUUAUCUAAUUGAUGAGCUCAACAUAGCAGAAUCUAGGCUCGUUAAGUUGAAAACCCAGGAAGAGUAUGUUGAUCUUCUUCUGCGUGGACCAAGAAAUGGUGGUGUAGCUGCCAUUGUUGAUGAGCUUCCUUACAUUGAACGCUUCUUGUCCAGCACCAAUUGCGAAUUCAGGACUGUUGGGCCAGAGUUUACAAAAAGCGGAUGGGGUUUUGCAUUCCAAAGGGACUCUCCUCUUGCAGUUGACUUGUCAACUGCCAUUCUUCAGCUCUCAGAGAAUGGUGAUCUUCAAAAGAUCCAUAAUAAAUGGCUGACACAUUCCGAGUGCACUAUGCAAAUUAACGAAGUUGAUUCAACCCAACUAUCUCUGAAGAGCUUCUGGGGCCUGUUCCUUAUCUGUGGCAUUGCAUGCUUCAUUGCUCUUAUUUUCUUCUCUUGUAAGGUCUUAUGUCAAUACCGCAGGUUUAUCCCCGAGGCUGAGGAAGGGGAUGUGGAGGAGAUUGAACCGACAACACGGUCCGGACGCUCAAUCCGAACAACUAGCUUCAAAAACUUGAUUGAUUUUGUAGAUAGGAAAGAAGUAGAGAUCAAGGAGAUUCUUAGGCGAAAGAGUAGCGAUAGCAAACGACAAGCCAGCCAUAGCUCAGAUGGGCAGUCCAAUUCACCCCCUUAAGGAAAAUUUGUUCUUUGGCUGGUGGAGCUUCUAAUGCUUCUCUUUGGCAACAAAACAGAUCAAUACAUUUUCAUCUAUACUUCAGAUAUCUGCUUCUCCCUCUUAACACUUAAGGUUAGGCAAGCUAUAUAUAUAUAUAGAAAGCAUUGAGAAAAUCUUUCAUAGUUAUAGACCACUUUGUACCUGUUUUUUCAAUGAAGCAAUGAAGCUAUAUUCAAGAUGUAGAUUGUUUUUACCAUGCAUGGU